ACUGUACGUGUCAGCACUUGUGAUCAAUGGGACGCGGAAAGAGGCUGCUGAAGUUUACUUCGAUACUGUCUCCUGCUGAUAUAACUCAAGGUUUUACCUCUCCGCGGCAUCCCGUUUACGCUUACUUUUUCACCUGCCAGCGGAUAUCAGCGUAGGGGUUAAGGGUGACUCCCAACGGAACCCGGGCAGCCUCCUAUGCUCCUGAACCCAGGACAGCAGCCGACCACAGCCCCCCGAUACGGCACCAUGACGCAGUCUGGGCCGGUCCAAGCCCUGCCCCCGGACCAACAGGAGGGAGACCCGCUGCGGCUUGACUUUUUCAGGAAGCUUGGGUUCUCCCCGAUGGAGGUCCAUGCCACACUGCGGAGGCUGGGCCCCAGCACCGACACCAACUCUGUCCUCGGGGAGCUGGUGGGGAACAAGAGCCACCAGCAGGCCGGGGGCUCCUCUUCCCCCAGCGUAGCCGAGGCAGACCAGAGGCCCGCCGCAGGUCAAAGGGACACGCUGGGGCCCGGGGGGCGUCCUGGUAGCAGGGCGGCAUUGGGGGGUACCGUAUCAACCCCCUCUCCUCCCCCUCCUCCCCCCUCAGCAGAGGAGGAGGGUGGAGAGGAGGACGAGCUGAAGGCUGUGGUCAUCGACGGCAGCAACGUCGCCAUGAGUCACGGAAAUAAGGAAGCGUUUUCCUGCCAGGGCAUCCUGUUAGCCGUCAACUAUUUCCUGCUCAGAGGACACACCGCCAUCACCGUGUUCGUCCCUUCGUGGCGCAAGGAGCAGCCUCGUCCCGACGCACAGAUUACAGACCAGUACAUCCUGACGGAGCUGGAGAAGAGGAAGAUCUUGGUGUUCACGCCGUCGCGUCGCGUCGCGGGGAAGCGGGUGGUCUGCUACGACGACCGCUUCAUCGUGAAGCUGGCGUACGAGCUGGGCGCCGUGAUCGUGUCCAACGACACCUACCAGGACCUGCAGGCGGAGCGGCCCGAAUGGAGGAAGUGCAUCGAGGAGUGCCUGCUCAUGUACUCCUUCGUCAACGAUAAGUUCAUGCCCCCUGAUGACCCUCUAGGGCGCCAUGGCCCGAGUCUGGAUAACUUCCUGAGGAAGAAGCCUCUGGUGUCUGAGCCCAACCGACCCCUCUGUCCUUAUGAUAAGAAGUGCACCUAUGGCUUAAAGUGUAAGUUCUACCAUCCGGAGCGGGCCAACCAGGCCUACAGCUCCCUGGCCGAUGAGCUGAGGGACAAGGCUCGCAUGUCCACUUCCAAACCCGAGAGGAAGUACCGGCCGGCACCCAGGGGGCCUCCCUUCACCCCGGGCCCGGCAGCCAACCCGGGCUCCCUGGACCUGGAGACGGAGCCCUGGCCGUCCCUGGUGCCCCGAGGCGCAGCCCAGCCUGCCAAGGUAACCGAGAACUUCCUGGUCUGCCAGGAAGGUGGCAGGACCACCCAGAACCACACCUCUGCGACUUGGGCCCAAAAGGACUGGCCAGGCCGCGCCUGUCCCUCCCACCACCCCACCAACUCGGGCCUGUCCCAGGACUCGGGCCUGGGCUCCUACGAAGGCCAGUUCUCAAGCGACGGCCACUCGCCGUGGUCCAGACCCCCGCAGCCCUCGGUGUAUCUGGAGGGGCCCGGCCCCCGCUCCAUGUGUGGGUGCUGCCCCCCCGCUGAGCCCUCCGCAGGACACUACCCCCGCUGCUCCUCCUCCUCAAUCUCCUCCGCCUCCAUUCCCAAAUACGACACCUUCCCGCCCCAUGCCUACCCUCCCAGCAUGCACCAGUACUACAGCCUGCCAGGGCCCCCCCGACAGAGCAGGCAGCAGAACCACAACCAGCAGCAGCAGCAGCAGCCUAAGUACUUGUCGAUGCCCCACGAGACCAGGGGGCCCUGCAGUCUCUCAGGGCCCCGGGGGGGUCCCUCCCAGCCUGGGGGCCAAAGCUGUGCGUACCGGGAUCCCAUGUCUCAUCCAUGGGCACCAUCUCAGAUGGGUUCGCCAGCCUUUGAUCCAGAUAGGCUUGAUCUCCGCAAGAAACUGCAAGCCAUCUUUAACCCCUAUCAGGUGGAUGCAGUGAUGGAGAUGUUCCCACACCUCACGGAUGCCCAGAAACUGGCAGCAGAGAUCCUGAGGCUCAAAGCUCAGGGACAGGUCUUCUGACUUUCUUCUCCAGAUCCACCUCCAAGAUCCAGGUGACCUGUGAUGACCUGUGACGACCGUCAGUUCAUCCAUCACGGCGACACGUAAUUUCAAUGGACCACAAAGGGCAAUUUAGCCAAAGUAUCCUAAUAUAUUUUUCUUACUGUAUUUUAUUGUGUGUUUGAUUGUGACACCAAAUCUGUGUUGGCGUGGCAUAACAUUUCAACCAAUAACAACACUGUUGGAGCAGUGUGUGUCCCCAAGAUUGCCAAUCAAAUCCACCCUCGAUUUUGCCCCGCCCUCACAUGCUAUUUUUAACCCUUAUGUACACCCUGAAUGACAAUUCUUGGUGUGUUUAAGAGCUUUUUCUAGUUUUUCUACUCGAUCAAAAAAGUCGAAAUGCAACAUCUACGAAUGUUGUCUGUGUCAGUAUGUCGUGGUAAACUGCCUGUGUAUUUGUGUUUACAUGGGGGACGCGGAUGGAUCUGUUCAGGAUCUAGUUAUUGUUUAAUUGUAUGACACUUGAGUCAAGUUAUCCAUGUUUAGGAUGAGAUUGUGCUUCUGAACCGCCCGUGCGUUUGGAGAUUUGACUGUUGAUGCAUAUUGUGUCUUCUUGGCUGAUGUUUGUAUUACUGUUUAUUCCUCAAAUGAUGUAUAUGAUUUCUCUCUGUCCUCAUAUCGUACGUUGUCUGCUGUACACAUCUUUGUAUCAAAAUGUGACAUGUACACUUUGAUAGGAGGGUACAUAGCCACAGCGUUUGUUGCAGGAUGAGGUGAAACAAGGAUUUGCAUUUUGGAGAGCAGGAUGGAAGUUUUGCUUGAGGGAGAUUUUUAAAGCGCUGUAUUGUGCUUCAAAACUUACUGCCAGAUCGAAUACUACACUUUUAAUAAAAAAAAAUUCUCGUGCCGUUCUAUUCUUUUUUAGAUUUAUUAUAGAAUUUAACGAUUAUGUUAAGAUUAUUCGAUUUACUGAUCAAAAAUGGUUAUGAGGUGUUCCAGGGCCUUGGGAUUAGUAACCAUUGCAUCCACUGAAGACCAUCAUAAACAGAUUCCGUAUUUUUUUCCCCUCAGAUUCAAUCUAAUAAUAUUCUUGCUUAAUAAGUAUUGUUGAUUGGGCGAUCAAUAUUUUGAAGGGCCUCCCGUAGUUCUUGUCUCAAGAUCAGGAAUUAUCACUUUAUUCUUAUUAUUGGGAGUUAAAGUGAAAGUGUAUGCUUCAAGAGUUGAUAACUGAAAUAAUUAAAGAUUGUGAUCUAAAAUGUU